AUGAGUAGACAUCGACCGUCAGCCCCGAUAACAGAGCUCUCUCGUGAGCAUCAAGAGACAAUCGAAGACCUUCUCUACAGAGUAUUAUACCCCAUUCGGACAUGGAGGGGUGAAAAAGCGAAGCCAUCGAAAGGCAGACGAUGGAAAAAGCUACAGCUACGCAAGGAGGCUGCAUCCAAAAAUAAAGAUGAAGAAAAAUCCUCAGGUCAUGCAUUGACGCCUUCUCCUGCACCGGAUGUGCUGAAAUACCUUACCACUGGUUUCAAUUCGACUAUGAGAUGCUUGGGAGGCACUGACAUAUAUCGGAACUUGACCAAGGCAAAGGGAUUCGACUGGUCUACUUAUCCAAAAACGCCGAAACGAGAAUGGCAGAUGCUGUCGGUUUACCCAGGCUGGGUGUCAUUGGAAUUAAGGAAUGUCAACACGCUAGGAUUCUAA